AAAAAUAAGAGUGAAAAAUAUAUACAUCAAUUUAUGUUUUCAAGAGUUCAUAUAUAAUUGUAUGUUAGGCUUUUUCAUAGUUUGCAAAUUUUUUCACCUAAAACUAUUUUAUGGAAACCAAAUCAAUUAAUUAUUGUAAUUAUUAUUAUUUUAACAGCACCAAGCCCUUAGAUCUUUUAACCAAGCCUCACCGUCCAUAUAUAUACUAAUAUUAAAAUUGUGUUAUUUAAAUUAGGGGGUACGUAUAACUUUACAUAUAUAAUCAUAAAGUCUCAAGACUCUCCUUUAUGAAUGGGGUUAAAUAUACACAUGUAUUAUCACUAUUAAAUCUUGAUCAUAUAUAUGUAUGAGCCAGAAUCUUUCCCUCUAUAAAUUCAACAUUUCUCAAGCACAAUAUAUACAGAGAAAGCAUGCAGCCCACAUCUCCAACUUCCCAUGGCAUGUCCAAACUCACAGAUUGUUUCAAGAAGAAGAACAAAAAAAGUAUGCAUCAUCACAGCAUACCAAAAAAAUGGAGACUCCUCGGCGGCGAGAACAACUGGAAGAACAUGUUGGAUCCUCUAGACAUUGAUCUCCGUCGAUACAUCAUUCACUACGGAGAAAUGACACAAGCAACUUAUGACAACUUCAACUCCCAGAAGGCCUCCAAGUAUGCAGGAAGUAGCCGGUACGCGACGACUGAUCUCUUCUCGAAGGUGGGCAUUGAAGAAGGCAAUCCAUUCAAGUACCGUGUCACCAAAUAUGUGUACGCCACAUCAUCCAUUCAAGUCCCGGAAGCUUUCAUCAUAAAGUCCCUGUCGAGGGAGGCGUGGAGCAAGGAAUCAAAUUGGAUAGGGUACGUCGCGGUGGCCACCGAUGAAGGGAAGGCUGCAUUAGGGAGGAGAGACAUUGUGGUUGCUUGGAGAGGAACAAUUCGGGCGUUGGAAUGGGUUGAUGAUUUGGAGUUUCUGCUAGUCUCGGCUUCAAAGUUGGUUGGAGUGGAUGGUGAACCGAAGGUGCACCAAGGCUGGUACUCCAUCUACACUUCAGAUGAUCCAAAAUCACCCUUCAAUAAGACUAGUGCCAGAGACCAGGUUCUUGGUGAGGUAAGGAGACUAGUGGAACAACACAAGAAUGAAGAAAUCAGCAUAACUAUAACUGGUCAUAGCUUAGGUGCUGCAAUUGCAACAAUAAACGCAGCUGACAUAGUUGCAAACAGAUUGAACAUGUCAAAAGAUCAUCCAAACAAGGCCUGUCCUGUCACAGCUUUUGUAUUCGCAAGUCCUCGCGUUGGAGACUCAAACUUUAAGAAGGUUUUCUCUAGACUGGCAAAUCUUCAUGUCCUGCGCAUCAAUAAUGCCUUAGAUGUUGUUCCAAAUUAUCCACCAUUAGGCUAUGCUGAGGUGGGACAAGAGCUAAAUAUUGAUACCACCAAGUCUAUGUAUUUGAAGAGUCCUGGAAAUUUGAACAGUUGGCAUAACUUGGAGGGUUACAUGCAUGGGAUUGCAGGAACACAAGGGUCCAAGGGAGGAUUCAAAUUGGAAGUUAAUCGCGAUAUCACGCUUGUUAACAAAGGACUUGAUGCUUUGAAGGAUGAAUAUUGUGUGCCCGUAUCGUGGUGGUGUGAGAAGAACAAGGGCAUGGUUCAACAGGCUGAUGGAACUUGGAAGCUGAUGGAUCAUGAGGUAGAAGAUGCUGACUCUUUGCUCUUUAAAGUUUGUUGCGGUUGAGUUUAUUAAUUAGAAGGUUAAUCUCUCUGUAGCCUGAUUAUGGUUGUUCUUGUACACUAACGAUCACCGAACAUUGCUUUAUUAAUCCCAUGGUGCUUGCAACAUCUCAAUAUGUAACUUUGGGAUAUAUAAAUGCAUGUAGUUUCUAUUUUUUAUUUUAUUUAUUUAUUUAUUGGGGGGGUAGGUGUAGAAAUAAUGAUUCAUGAAAUAAACUGCUAGUUGGGUA